AUGCUAGCUGGCAUGGAAUCACAGGAUCCAAAACAAGUGACCAAUCUCAAACCAUCUCCUCAGCCCCAUUCCAAAAGACUUUUUAGCUGUUCUCUAGUUUUACCCUACCUUUUUAUCUUUAGUUGUAAUAGCCGCCGUGUGGUUAUCUGUCCAGUUGAUCCAAAUAUUUCUCCAGUGACAAAGCAAGAGCCAGUGCUCUUUAGCACACGAACCGCGAUUGACCCUGCUCCAGUGAACCCAGUUCUCGCUAUUCUUUGCCAGGACAGUGACAAAUUGUUGAGAAUGGAUGUCCGAUCGCUUUUGAAUCCUUCAGAUGAGGGAGAGAGGAAAGUGAUUGCUGCCGUUGCAUCAACAGAGAAGAUAUUUCAGCCUCCAUCAAUAACCCAAGGCCAGAUCAAUUUUCCACACGGGGAGCAAAUGACAACUGUGGAUGCAACCUGCUUCCCCCAUGAACACGCUGAAAAAAGAUAUGAAUGCUCGGUGAACACCUUGAGAAACCCAGCGCCUUCCACCCCAACAGGCAAGAAACGGUCCGCCGCUGUCGUCGAAGAUGAGGAGCGCCGAAUUUCAGCGGGCUAUUCACAUGGCAAUGUCUCUGGUGAAAACCAGCCUUGGGGUGGUUUUCAUAUUCAAACUGGAAACACUGAACAUCUGCGAACACACUAUGAUUUUACAAUAUCAAACCCGGAUGCUCCAGCGACGCCGGGGUUCCUUCCCACUCCCACUCCGGUUCAAAUUACCCCUGCUCCUGCCACAGUAUCUAGCACCCUAUUUCCUGAUGGUUGGGUGCCAGACCCAUAUGUCUCACCUCAGUUGGAGGAUGUUUUGAAAUUUAAAACUGCCUCAUUGGGCGUUCCGCAUGACCCCGAACCACCAGAAACAACUAUCAUGAUUCACCAUUAUGAUGUUGAGGAGUUGCCAUUCGAGAUAUUGACGUCAGAAGCUGCCAGAAUAUACGAUGUUAUUUUGUCAACCGAAAUGGGAUGCCUUGCAGAAGAUGCAAAUAUCUCAUGUGUUGGAAAGUUGAGUGAAAACCAGUGGAUCAAUCUGGUCAAAUGGCAUCGAAGCCUCAUUGAUCACCACUAUGGUUUACUCAUAUAUAUGGUCCCCGGAUUAAAAAAUUUGUGGCUUGAAUGUCUUGGUGACCUGACCAGCUACAUGAUGUGUCUUGAGGAUACGGAUUCUGAUGAGAGGGAGACCUGGAAUGAAAUUUCAUCGAGUUGGUAUCACAAGGCCCUUGAUGAAAACCCUGGAAAGGGAAGUCUCUACCACCGACUUGGUAAUCUUUCAAAACCCGACAUGGGUGGGCAAUUGUUCUGUUACUCCAGGUCUCUUAUGGCAACCAAACGAUACGAAAGGUCAAAGAGCUCCGUUGAGUCUGCCUUUAACAUGGCAUUGAACUCAAUUCAGAAGCAGAAUGUCACCCCGCCAAACUUACCAUCUUGGUUUGUGGGCUCGCAUGCUAUGCUUCUUCGCGGUGGUUCAAUCCACAAGUUCAUUGACCGCGAAUCUGUCAGCGAAUCCCGGCUUGAAAGUGUCAACUUCCCGAUCCCAACUGAAACGGAAUUCCCCCAAUUACCAGAGGAUUUCCUCUUUCGAAGCCAGAUAUGGUCACAAAUAGUAUAUCCACCUGAUUUCUUCACAAAUGCUACCAUGGAGGACCACAGCGGUGGCAUAGACAUGCCCAGCACUCAAUCAGCCCGCAACGAGCGCUGUCUAUGGUAUGGAUAUCGUCUGGCAUCGCCUCAAAUGGAUGUCCCUACCUCCUUGUGUACCUCCCUGCUUAUCGCAGCCAUGAACGACAGGAUAGGCGACAUGGAACACUCGAAGUUGUUUGAAAAGAACCUUGGAAAUGCACUAGACCGAUUGUCCUACGAAAUAUGCGACGCCGGCCGCGACGACAGCGACAUCACUAGACUUCAAGACAUCUAUCAAACGCUUGAAUAUUCUAAGAGCAAGGUCGAGGAUGCCAGAAUACUCAAAGAAUGCACCAUGGACGAAACAGAAGCGGUGCUCAAGAAACUCUUAACCUCCAACGAUGUCGAUGUCAUAACUAAAGCCAAUGAGAGCCUCAUGCGCCUUCAGGCCUACCGACGCGAAUGCGAAAAGGAACGUCAACAUGUUGAAAGUGAUGGCAGUUGCAGCGGGGAGGAGAAUGACUUAGCUGGGAACCCGCUGGAUUCAGUUAUGCAAGGAAAACGGCGUGAAGAAAUUGAAGAUGGAAAGCAUCAUUGA